AUGCCUAACAAUACAGUAAGAGAGCGUUGUGGUAUGAUAAAUGAUCGGGAUAAAGAAGGAGAUGCUUCGAAGGAAUUUAAAGGAGGCAAAACUAACCUUGAAGAUGACCUAAGAGGCGGACGCCCGGAAACAGCAGUUACUGCAGAAAAUGUGUGGACAUCUGAAAUUUUGGUGCGAGAAGAUCCACGAAUCACGUACACGAACAUUGAGAAGAUCCUAGGCAUUAGUUCAGGGAGCGUCAAUACUAUCCUGCAUCAACAUCUUGGAGUGAGGAAGCUUUGUUGUCGAUGGAUCCCACGAUUGCUCUCCGGUACUGAAAAACAGGCUCGAGUGGAAUGGUGCCGAGAAAUGCUUAUACGUUUCGAAAACGGGACAUCGAGACGUGUUUCAGAAAUCGUUACUGGUGAUGAAACAUGGAUCUAUCAAUAUGAUCCAGAAAGCAAGAAGUAG